AUGGAUAAUAUUACAGCAAGCGAAGUAGCUGGUUUGGCUGUGGGUGUUCUUCUUCUUUCUGCUACUAUUGCUGCUCCCAAAAUUGAUGUUUUCUUCUCUUCUUCUCAACGCAGCUCAUUGGGGUUGUGCAAGCGAUGUGGCAAUGUAAGAAGAACGGCUUGUGCUAAAUGCAAAGGAACCGGAUCGAUCAAAGAAGGAGGGUUACUUAGUUUCAACUUCGUAGAUGAUUUGUUAGAAACAAUCGUUAAUCGUGAAUCACAGGUGAAGAAGAUAACUUGUGUAAAUUGUCAAGGCAAAGGUUAUUUUCCAUGUCCCGAUUGUUCUUAA